CCCAAACUCAAUCCAGCACCCCAGCCCGUCCACUUGCCUGCAAACCUUCCCUUCUCCUUCCUCUCUCGAUCUCCCUCUCGCUCACGGCUCACCCUCGCUGCCUCUCGCUCUCUGCCUCCUCUUCUCUUGCUCGUCCCCUCGCGCUUGCCCUCCCUCUCUGCCUCUCUCUUGCUCUCGCUCGCCCUCGCUCUCUCUCUCUUGCUCUCGCUCGCCUUCGCCCCCACGGUCGCUCGGCCAGUCGGCCUCGCCCUCUUGCUCGCUGCCCUGGCCCCUGCCUCUGAUCCCCCCCCCCAAACAUCCAGAUUUGCUUCAUUCGAGCCCAGGGGAAGUCUCAUCUCAUCCAAUAUUAUGACUCAAGCUCUACUGGCUCAUUUUUCCUUGGAGAGACCAACUUAUAGAAAAAAAUUAAAAAAGGCUCUGAACCCAGGCUAAUCUGAAUUAGAUGUUGUGUCCCAGAACGUGAAGGAUCAUGGUGGCAUUCAAAAAUAGGUACAUGGUAAUGGAAAUUUUUCUAGAUCCCAAUAGAGAUCUUGCAGCAGAAGAUCCUAUUAUAGUCACCCAAUUUAAUGUCUCAAAAGCAAUCAAGGACAGUCUUCUUGAAAAUUUUGGAGAGUGUGGUCUAGCUUCAUCACUUGGGUCAUUCCAAGUGAAGUACGUGAAUCCCAUCACAAAACUUUGCAUCAUCAGAGCCUCAAGGGAGGAGUAUCAAAAAGUUUGGUCUGCAAUAACCAUGAUUAGGAGUAUUGGAAAUUGCCCAGUCCUAUUCAAUUUAUUGGAUCUUAGUGGAAAUAUCAAGGCCUGUAAGAAUGCAGCUCUUCAGUGUGAUGAAUUGAAAUUUGAGCAGUACAAGCUUGUGAUGGGAGAUAGACUCACAGGUGACGUCAGCCAGCACAUGCAGAACUGCCUUGAGAAAAUUAAGACUUUGGAACACUGAAAGAAAGAGAUUGUCAGUGCCCUAUGUUUCAGUUUAUACUAGAUCGUUGGUGAGUGUUAUCAUUAUUUCCUAACAUGGUUCAUGUCAUCUGAACUCUCAUGUAUUUUUCUUGAUGGAAAUAAAGAAUUCUAUUUAAUUUA